AUGGUCCUGGUCUUGCUGGUUGCCAUUCCCCUAUUGGUCCACACCACCAAGGCAGGAGGGUCCGGAGGAGGGGGCACGCAUUACGAGAUGCUUGGGAGCUGCAAGAUGGUGUGUGACACUUUCACCCCCCCACAGGGAGAGCUGACAGCUGUCUCACCUCAGCCCCCAGACUUCUCAAACCGCAGGAGCAGACAGGGGUACAGAGGGAGCCCUGGACUUCCUGGACCUCCAGGUCCUAAAGGGCCCCCUGGAGAGCCCGGCAAGCCUGGCCCACCUGGUCCACCAGGACCUGGACCCGGUGGCUACGGCCAAUCCUUCUAUAGUCCCAAAAUCGCCUUCUACGCAGGCCUCCGGAAACAACACGAAGGGAGUGAAAUACUGAAGUUUGAUGACGUGGUGACCAACGUAGGGAACUACUACGAACCGAGCACCGGCAAGUUCACCUGCCCUCUGCCUGGCAUCUACUACUUCACCUACCACGUCCUGAUGAGAGGAGGUGAUGGGACGAGCAUGUGGGCUGACCUGAAGAAGAACGGACAGGUGAGGGCCAGUGCAAUCGCUCAAGAUGCAGACCAGAACUACGACUACGCCUCCAACAGUGUCAUCCUGCACCUGGAUGUGGGGGACGAAGUGUGCGUACAGCUGGAUGGGGGCAAAGUUCACGGCGGAAACACCAACAAAUACAGCACCUUCUCUGGCUUCCUCAUCUACCCUGACUGA